AUGAACUGGAUUUUGUGUUCGUUCAAGACUAGUGAGGUGGAAGAUGAAAUACUUAAUGAAGGCCCGUGGUAUGUGAAUGGGUUCAUUGUUGGUAUGGACAGAUGGACGCCUAUGUUUGAUCCAAAUUCAUUUAAGGGAAUCUCUUCUCCCGUUUGGAUUACAUUACCGUGCUUGCCUUUGUACUGUUGGGAUGAAGAUAGUAUAGCAAGAAUUGCUUCUUGCUUUUGUUCGCCAAUGUACAUAGAUGGCAAUACCUUUCGCUGGAGUAAAUGUGAAUUUACCCGUGUCUAUGUAAGGAUUGAUUUGGAAAAGAAGCUGCCGAAUGGUGUUUGGGUGGAAGGUUCAGCUGGGAGGUUCUUCCAACGGGUGGAGUAUGAGAAAAUUGAUCUUCUUUUCUAUCAAUGUGGUAAAGUGGGUCAUGAUGAUAAGAUUUGUCCGGAAAAUGUAACUCUUGGGAUACAUGACCAAACGAGGAAGAAGACGGAUAUAGUUACGGUGGAAGGAAUAAAGAUUGCGCCUGAUAAUAAUCCUUCUGUGAUCAGUGCUGAAUAUGGUCCGUGGAUUCAUGUCCAUUUCAAGAAUAGAAGAUUUAAAAGGGAUCUUGCCAAGAGAAGAGGUGUGAAGUACAAUGGGAAUAAUACUGAUAAGAGAGUUAAUAACAGCCAUCAGGAUAGGGUGCUGGAGAGAGUCCGGACGAGGACAGAGGUUGCUUAUGUUGUAGAAGAUUCAGUUCUAGCUCCAGUAAAAAAUUCAGUUAAUAUGGAGACAGCUGGUGUUGAGAUGUUUGAUGUUCACUCAACUAAUCGUUUUGCUAUGUUGGUUGAUAAAGAUGUAGAAGAAGGUACUGAGAAGCAUGGAGAAAUUGAUAAAGCUUUGGACAGGAGCUUGGAUAUACCUAAACUUGAUGCUAACCACAUUGGUUUGGGUUAUCAUAGUGGUGUUGCCAAGAUUAAACUAACCAAGGAAUUGAGAUCAUUGGGGCCGGUUGAGCCUGACUAUAAAAAAAAGAAGAGGGAUGGGUUGUUGAACCCCAGUAGUGGGGAGAGAUCUUCUGUACCUGGUUAA